AUGGUUCAGCCUAUCAUCUUCAACAUCAAGAUCCAUCGAACAUUGGUCGACUGGGGUAGUUCAGUCAACCUCAUUUUCGCUAAGACAUUGGACAAGAUGGGAAUUUCAAGGACGAAGCUCAAGACAAGAGCUGAGCCUUUCCAUGGAAUAACUCCAAAAUCGUCGAACAUGCCUCUUGGUCAGAUUGAGCUGCCAGUCACGUUUGGCACACCUAACAACUUCCACACAGAGAAGCUUACGUUUGAUGUUACAGACUUCGAGAUGGCGUACAACACAAUCAAGAUCCCUGAUCCUAAGGGUGUCAUAACCAUCAAGGGCGAUCAACGCGUAGUGGUCAAAUGUGACAAGCAGAGCCUGGAGAUGGCCAAUCACUUCUGCCGGACAAUGACUACCUCCAAAAACUUGGAGUCUAAGCGUCAAACCGCCACCCAGGGCCAGGACAGUGCCACAGACUCCAAGCUUGUGAGCUUCGUUGACACUUCGAAGUCUGACAAUGCCGCCAAGGGUGAAACCAGCGAUGGCGCCAAGGACAAGAAGACUGAUGGUGGUGUCAAGGCAGUACCCCACAACUUGUCUAAGCUGGCCAAGAAGGACAAGGUAGGGUCCAACCUCAACCCAAAAUAG